CUGGCAUUGACCCUUUGGGGUUUUCUUCAUUGAAAAGUAAGAAUUUCAUGUAGUAUUCUGUAUCCAUUAUCUGAUAUUAAAUUGAACCUUUGAACAAUGGCCCUGGGUUCCACUGCCAGAGUCUUCUCAUUGUCAACCUCUUUUUACUCAUUUUCCCUUCUUGCAUCCUGCUUCCUGGACUAACCCUUUGUUGUCAUAGCAAUGCAGCUUAUUUAUUACGGCACAGGCUCAAAUUCUGUUUGCUGAAGCUUGUGUGAAGUGUUUCAGAACAUUUAGCUUUGUCAAAAGUGCUAUAUAAAUGCAAGUUGUUGCUAGCAUUUCACCUGUCUUUUUAAAGACCCUACAAUGUGUAUCAAUAAAGUAUAUAUACUUUUUAGGUGGGCGUAACAGAUCCACUGUGAAAAUAGUAAUGGAUGGAGCUGAAGAUGAAGUCUUCUGCAACUUAGAACUGAAGAUUGAAGGUAAUGAUAAUGCACCUGUUGGAUGUGCUUCAGCAAAAGAGCUGCAUGUUCCUCAAUUCAAGGAAGGAAUUUCACCCACUACUCAUUUGCACUUUCCAUUCAAAAAGCCAAGAGUUGUUGAAGAAACAUGUUCCUUGUCUUCUGGUAAUAAACUAUGUUCUAAAAUAAUAGAGUCACCAGCAGGCUGUCGCCUUCACUUUCAGUCAAAUAACUUGACAGGCGACUCAGGUGUAGCUGCAGACAAAAGGCACAUUCCUUCAUUUCAAACAUCAGAUGAGGAUGAAGACCUUGAUGACUUAUUGUUGGAACUGGACGAAAAGGAAGAUGAUGAAGAGGAUCUAAUUAACUUCACAUCCGAGGAAAUAGAUGAGAUUCUCCGGGAAUCAGAUGAUGACAUUGAUAAUAACUUUGAUUCACUUAAAUGUGGUGAUGUGAAUGGAAUAGGCGCCGAUACACUCGAUGAGCAUACACAUAAUCUUUCUUCUUUAUCUCCCCCAAAUACAUCACAUUUGCCCAAAAGCUCCCUUGUUAUUGAUGAUUUAGAAGCAAGUGAUCAAGGUGAUGCCUUGAUGACAAAUGUUGCUGCAUUGAAAGUGGAUGAAGAGAUUAAUCAAAGUGUUAAGUCUGAAAAGCAUAACCAAAAUUCUAUUUAUGAAAUUACUGAAAUAGAGAAAUCAGGGCAGCCGUAUCAUGCAACAGUCGAUAGCAUUGCCACGGUAACUCCCCUGCAAGGUAGUGCAGAGGAUCAAACAGAUGAGCGAGACCAUACAAGCAGCAACGAAGCAGAUCCCGAAACUCAGAAUGCCGUCUCAUCAGGACCUUCAUCAAGCUUGCUUGAGGAAGAUGAUAACUCGACACUGGAACAAAAUAUUUCUGAAGAAGAGGCUGCAGAUGGAAGAGUAAAAGAAGCCACUGACGUUACUGAAUGUGGGGAAGACGAAGUCCUUGAGGUAAAGGAACCCCGAAAACACCAGCAGGGUGCGGCAGAGUCUUCACAAGAAAUGGAACCGCAGAAAUACCGCCCGCCAAAAACAGGCAGAACGUAUCCAGCAACAAGAUCAAAUCCUGUAUUUAGUAAGGAGAUGGAACGAGAGAAAGAACAAUAUCUUAGGGAUGUUUUGAACCACGUGAAGGGAAGUUAUGUGAAUCAAGGACCGUUGGAAGAAUUACACUCCCUGAUGGAUGAGGUCAGAGGUAUCUACAAAUCCUGCCAACACCGCCUAGACCUCACUGUCAGAAAUUAUAUGAGACGGCACAGAGACCGACCCAAGAUUGAUUUGUACGAAUGGUCCGGGAAUGGGGAAGCUCCUCGUUUUCUUAAUUUUGCACAAUCUCACCAACGUGGUUCUCAUUCCUAAGUUGCACAGCAGAGAAGCCAUUCUAUCCCUUGGACAUUCAUAGCACAAAGUUUUAGAUUUAGUCUGUGUAUUGCGUUUAUGUCUCAAGUUUCUGAGGGCUGUUUAUAUUCUGAAGCGUGAUCUUGUGCUUGUUAGAGAAGCAUCAUGUUUAGUUUUUAAAGUAUGGGUGCUUGAUUUGAGAGUAUAGAUACGUACUUUCCUGUCAGGAUGGGGUGGUUGAGGAGGUGCUUUGUACUGUACUAUGUUCUGUACUCUGUCUUAAGAACAGAAGACUCUCAGGAAAAUUGGAUGAACAUGAGCAAUUACUAUUUUCAUUUUGAAGCAGUGUAUGCAAUUAUGAGCUGCCAUUAACAAGUUUAAAGGAGUAGCAAUUGAGAGAUAUUAGAAUUUUUAUCAGCUGUGUUUAAUCCUCAGCACAAUAAUGCCUGUUCUUGCAAAUGAGACCCUAAGUUGUAGAUUGCCUGAAAAAUUCGGUUUUGUUAAUGAAAGUAGUAAUUUUAGAAAUUGAAGGUGAUUCAUUUGGCCAUUUAGAAGCAGAAUUCUACAGGUCUUCUGCAUUGCAUUAUUCAGUAUUUUGUGAAGUUCUACCAGGCAGUAGAUUACAUUAUUACUGUUUCAAAGCUGUAGUAAUUUUGGUCAUGAUAUGUACAAAACAAUUGUGCUUGUCUGUGAAAGUUUCAUACGAUGGUAAAGGAAACACUGAAUAGCUGUUAACCCACAAUCCCAUUCCUUCAGUGCAGAUCGAGAGCCGGUUAUGUUUGAUGACCUUUUACAUUCUGCACACAUGGGAAAUGAUUUUACAACAACUGUUUAUUCAUAGUCUAAUGGUUUUGGUUCAUUCAGUGCACUUCCGUCAGUCCCACAGAGGAGUCUGAGCCCUAUUGUCAACAGCAUUGAUGGGAAUGGUGCCAGACCUGCACCACGUGCUGUGGUUCUGCAGAAGCUUCAUGUUUGCGUUUUGGGUUGUGUUACAUUUAUCUCGUAGUUUAAAAAAAAAGUGCAAUUUACCUUCAGACCUCAUUGAAAAAAACUGCGUGGGCAGAAAAGUAUUUCCCUUAUUUACUGUGCCUUAAGAUAGAGAAUUGUAAUUUUUAAAUAUUUUUUGAAAUGUUAAACCUGUUCUUUUAGAUCACUGCCCCUUUAUAUUUUCUAUAACUGACAGUUACCAAUUCGCCAUCUGAUAAUGGGAGUGGAGUUGAAUGGUCUUUUAAUAUUUUACCUUCUCAUGCUGUUUUUGUAGCAAUAUUUUUAUGCCUUGUAUAUUUAUGUAUCGGCCUUUAAUUGGUGAAGGCCAUGAUUGUAUCUUGAGUGUGAAUUGAUUUUACCGUACACUGAUAUUGUUACAGUUUAACGUUCAAGGCUCAAACUGACUGUCAGCUAAUGCUACAUCAUGCCAUUGUCAAGCAGAAUCCCCUGUUGACAUACUGCGAAUCAAACAGAUACAAAUAAUGGCAGCAAAAUAGUUUUAAAAAUGAACUUGGCAAUUGUGUGGGUGAUUGCUAUAUAGUGUGAAAGUAUGGUGAUAAUAUUGCACUGUUGUAUAGCAACUUAAAUCUUGAUAUAAUUUAUUUGGACGUGAUACUAAUGUUGUAAUGUUACUUUCCAAGUCAUCUGCACUUGAGAAAAUUACAUUUGUCAUUACAGCAGUCUUCAACAGGUGUGUGGCUCUGCCUGAGCCACCUCCUGUAUUCUGAGCUCUUAGCUUCUACCUCCAGCUCUCGCUUGCUUGAAUCUUUCCACAUUUUAUUGAUCUUGAAAGUUCUGCUAUAGUCAAGAAUGAUCACUCAAGGCCGGCUGGAGCCCCUCCUUGGUGCAUCGCACCACAGAGGGGCUGCAAGUAGCCGACCUCUCCUGCGAAGUGAGGAGUCUGGAAGGUCUCUGGUUGGUUAAAGACACUUUGGUUCACAUGAAAGAAGGGAACAGUGAGGCCUAAUGAUCAGUAUUGAGUAACAGCUUUUAUUUUGAAUUGUGUACAGAUGUGUUGGUGGGUGACUAAGAUUGUUCAGCUCUGCAAGCAUAUUUGGGUUCAAUGUGCCGAUCCAAAAUCUAUUGUUGAGAGUUUUCAGGGUGGAAUCUGAUGGUGUUAUAGAAAAGAAAGCUCUACUUGAGUGCCUGAUUUUCUGGCUUUCACGAUUGGAGACAGAGGAGGAGGUGACUGAGAGAAAUGUAAGUGUUAUAGUUUGAAAGUUAGUUAAAAUGCAUUUCACUUAAGCAAUUUAUUUAAAGUGAGGAUUUGUUACAAUCUCUUAUUGUUUUGAUAUACAUACAUCCCACACUUAGAAAUGUCAAUUAAUAAGGGGUUCAUUGGAAAAUUCUAGGUCAACUUCUAGGAAAUCACUUCAUAGGCUAUGAAAACUUAUUUACUUACUGCCCGUUAUGCCGCUGGUGUUUAGGGCAGCGUUGAAGGUCCCACAUAUCUGUCUUUAUGGAAGAUUCUUCAUUGCUGUUUUCAUAAUUGUUUUUGACAAGUCAAGGUUGUUAGCUCUGAGUUGAACCCCCAGACCUGGUGGACCACUCUUAGCCUGGUCUCUUCCCUUUGGCAUGGGUGACCCUGCCGAGAGCCAACGCUGUUUUGCAAUGUCACUCACCAACAAUACAGAUUGCAUAAUGAAAAGUUAUCAUUGUUCUCCCUUAUUGAUCUCAGCAUCUUCCGGUUACUUUUUGCCAGUUUUAUAUUUCUUCAGAUGUUUCAUUAAAGAUGUUUUCUAAAUGUU